AAGUCUAGGCCAUAGUUGGCUUUUUUUUUUUGUGAUGUUAGUGUUAAAUUUAUGUUUUGAAAAGUGUAAUGGACGAGAUUCUUCUUAUUACGGUAAUUUAUUAUAAAUCUUAUUGUGUACGAUUUGUACAUAUCGAAGUUGAAUAUUGUAUGAAAUUGUUCGAUAAAACAACCUAAAACCGAGUGUAAGCCGCUUACUAAAGUCUCCCAAGAAAGAAGAAAAAAGAUUUUAUCGGUUGGCUCCCAUACGAACACCUGAUUUAGGCCUCACGUGUUUCAAAUUAGUAUUAGAUUAGAUGGUGUUUGAGGUUAUAAAUGCGUAAACCGUGUAAUUUUUCGAAUAAGUGUAUUUUUUGUCAGAUUAACUAUGGAACACACAUUUAAAGAAAUAGGAUCUCUCCUCAAAGAUGGACCAAUAAAUGGCAAAGAGAGUUUGUUUUUAGAAAUUUUUGAUAUAAUUUUGAGCUGCACAAGCCAGGAGGAAGCCAAAGAACAUUUCUCCAGUGAGUUUUUAUCAUCUAUCCUUAAGUUUUCUGACUGGAAUUUGGAAUACAAAAGUAUAAUUUACAAGAUCUUCAUUAAUAUCUUCUCAGAAGAGGAUUUGAAUGACCAUCUUUCUGAAAGCAAGGUGAUUAUUGAUCUGUUUGAUUUAUCUCUAAGUGACAUUACCAAUAAAAACAGUAUACAUGCUGAUUCCGCAUCGAUGCUGCUUUCCAACAUCACUCGAUGCCAUAAUAGCUGUAAACGGAUUUCAGAUUGUGAAUGCCCACUAUCCCAAAUAUUACAUAAACUAGUUGCAGCAUUUACAAUAGUAGGUUACAAUAUAUCGUGCUCAUUGGAUCAACUAGCAAUGGUGCUAUGCAACCUCAGCCAGUUAACAGAUGUUAGAAAAAUCAUGACUCAAUCUGACCAUUGCAUGUUACAGAAACUUGUUCCUUUCAUGAAUCAUGAAAGCAAUGUUCGACGUAGAGGGAUUAUUGGUGUAGUACACAAUUGUGCCUUUGAUUCGAGUGUCCACGACUGGCUGCUAAGUAUAGACGUUGAUAUCUUACCAAGACUUCUUCUUCCAUUGGCAGGCCCUGAGCAAUUUGAUGAUGAAGACAAUGACAAAUUGCCAAUUGAACUGCAGUACCUUCCUGACACUAAAACUCGUGAACCUGAUCCAGAAAUUCGGAAACAAAUUUUAGAAACAUUGAAUCAACUUUGUGCAACAAGAUCUGGCCGGCAGUUUUUAAGGGAUCACAACUCUUACAUUAUUCUGCGAGAACUGCACAAAUGGGAAGAAGACACCUCUGCUCUAUUGGCUUGUGAAAAUGUUGUAGAUAUUCUUAUCCGAACUGAGGAUGAAAUUGGAAUCGAUCUUCUAAAAUCUGUUGAAAUACCUUCGGAGUUGCAAGAAAAGUUUAAAAAUCUUAGUUCUGAUUAAAUUUGAUUUUAAAAAUCUAAAUUAAUAUUUUGUACAUAAUGAUAAUAUAAGUUAUUUUAUUAUUGUAUAGUAGGCUAAUACAUAGUCUACUUGUAACUAUACAAGUAAAGCAAACCUUUUAAAGUAAAAAAAGUACUUUUCGCUUAAUUUUCCUAUAUCCAGAUAGUCUAAACAUGUGUGGAUGUAUCCUGUUAUGUUUCAAAUGUAUUAAGACCCACAACAAUUGAUUAUAGUUUUGUUACAAUCUCCAGUGUCAUCAUGCCUUUUGAAUUCUCAAAUUCUAUUCAAGGGUAGAUCACAAAUGAUGUGCAUUAUUGAUGGAAAUUGAUUUUAGUUAUAGAACGGGGUCUGUGUCCAACCGCCUCAGGUAGAAUGCGGUCAUCCCCGGUCACAGUGGUGGUGGUAAAAAUUGGCAAUUACUUCUCAAAUUGAAGACAGUUGUGCAUUUCAAAUAAGAAGACUUAGGGUAAUAGGCUACUGUACCUCAAUAGCACAGAACUUUGAAUUAUAUAAAAAUCAACCAUAGGCAUCAAAGAACAUAUUUUGACCAUUCUAUUAAAAACUAACAGAAUAUCAUUGUUCCGUUAGCAAAAAUAUAUAGUGGCCGUUGGGAAGAACAAAAUGUAUAGAUUAACUUAUUAAGAAAUAUCCAGCAAAUAAAAUUUCUUGUUUAGACAAAAACUGAUAAAUAUGCUUGUUUUCCAUAUAGUGUUUAAUUUCAAUAAAAGAGAAAUUAUUUAAGAUAGAAAUAUUUUUUAAUUUAAAAAAUAGGAACAUUUUUAGUUAUUCAUCCCUACUGGUGCACAGGGUUUAUAUAAAUAAAAUUUAAAUACUUUUCGUAAUAAGAUUUUAUAAAUAACUAACAUCUUUACUGCACCACAAGACGAACUUAAAUAACUAAUGUCUUUUAUUUCCUCUAUAGUUUCUUGUGAUACAUCAAUUAAAAAAAAAGAAUCGUUAAUUUUUGUAUAUUAUUUUGAAAAAUUGAUUACCAUGUAUUUUUUCACAUAUAUCAGUAAUCAGUUACUUGUUCAGUCAAGACCCUUGCCAUAAACAGCUUUAUAUUUUAAUAGUGAGCAGUGCAUUUUUAUAUUUCAAUUCUACUGAUAAAGAAUAAUAUCUCACAAUUACAAAUAACAUAGUAAAAUAAAUCAAUCAAACCUGACUUGCUUUUUUCUAACAAUUACUAGUUUUUCAUUUCAUGACAAGUCAUUUUAUUAAUUUUCUGACAGGAUGAAAAACUAUAAUACUGAGAUUCAAUAGUUAAAUUCAAGUUUGUUAAAAUUCCAAUAACUUGAUGAGCACAAAUAAAUUAUUUUAUUGUUUUUCUAAGACUUUUUUUUCUCAAACAAUCUAUUACUGACUAAAAUAAGAAUUGAAUUAUUUAAUAUUUGUGUUACAACAAAAAAAUUAAGACAAUUUAAAUACAGUAUUAAGCAAUAUAAUGAUUCUGAGAGCUUUUCAUUUAGCCAGUUAAAGGUUUUAUAAGAACUUGGAUCACCUUGAACAUUACCAUCCACACAAACUGCAAUCAACGGUACCUAAGUUUUCUUCUCAUCUUUUAGUCUCACUCUUAAUGUCUUCACCCAGGAACCCUCUCUAUAGAAUAUGUAAAUUUUUUAGUCACUUAAUGUUUUUAUAGUGAUUACGUUGAGUGAAUGAUAUUUUUUUAUAUCUAAUAAAAACUGUACUAUUGUCUUAAAAUAAUAGACAAGUAAAAUGAAAGUGACCAAACAAUAAGAACGCUGCCUUUGUCUUGUAACUAAAUAGUUCAAAAUGACCACUGCUUCGAUCAGUGAAUUAUGUUGAAUCUGUUAAGUAUGUUAACUUUUGAUAUCUUAUGUAUUUAUUUACUAGUAACAGAUUUACACUUUUGCGAGAUGCACUAAGUAUAAGUACUUAAUACAAGAAACACUGACAUUUCUGACAACCAGGCCAUUUUAAUUCAACCAUUUGUUUACAUAAGAUCUCUGUAAUUUCAAACUGUUAGAAUUACAUUUUUUGUGUUGUUAAUUUUAUUUAUAUAAUAAACUUCAUAUAAGACUUACCUGUAAUUUCAUUAGCCUAUUACAUUUCUAAUUAGCUUUACCUUACUAUCUGUUAGGGAAUAACAUAGAUUCAUUUAGAAUAGGGUAAUAAAAUAUUGUCUCUUUGUAUCAAUGCUUUUAUCUUACAACACUAAAAAUUUGUUGUAUUCUUGGCAGAUCUCAAUAGAAUUUUGAGUUUGCCUUGCUCUUCUAUUUUUGAGCGGGUAUUAGUUAUUUUAAUAAUUAUCACACACAGCCAGGUGUACUCAUUAAAGUUUCCUAUUGCAAAGCUGCAACAGGCUAUUAAACGUUAUUAAGACAUAGCUACUAGACAGUUUAAAUGGUUUUUAAUAUUUGUAUACAAGUAUAUACUGUAGUACCUCAAUACCAAUGGAAACAUUCUUGUUAUCAAAGGACUCUUCCAGUUGCCGUUAUCAAAGGUUUUUGUUAUCAAGGCUAUGUAGACUCAGUCGCGCUAUUGAUUUUACACAGAUUUAUCUAAAAGCAAUAAUAGCAAGUGCAUCAUGUCAGUGGCUUAACAUGGACUUGGCUUGGGAAGGGGGAUGAAUGAUACCACACCAGGAGAAUAUGGAAUAAAUCUUCAUACAUCUAUAUAUAUAGAUUCAACAGGCCUAAUUCAAAGUUUAGGGGGUUUCUAUCCCCCUCAUAGUAAGCCAUGUGAUUUUUUUAUAGCAAGUGCAUUUUUGAUCCAACCUUGGAAAUGUUUUUUUUUUAAUACAUUUAAAAUACUGCAGUGUACAGUACAUUUAUUACUUUAAUAACAACAAACUUAUUACUUAAAACACAUUAUAACUGACAACAGUUUAAUUGCUCAGUACUACAAUAUUUUAGUUACAAAUUAAUACUGUAUCAAUGUUUUUGCUUCAGCUACUGUAUUUACUAUAUGAGCCCAUUUUUAUUUACUUUAUAACAUGAAAAAAUACAUAUGUUAAUGAAGUGUA